AUGAUUCAGGAGUCACGGUCUUCGUUGCUGCAACCUCAGGAUGUUGAAAACCGAGUGGAGACGCUUAUGUUACACCCGGCCAUCAAGGCUUUCUUGUGCGGCUCCAUCAGCGGGACCUGCUCCACCCUCCUCUUCCAGCCCCUGGAUCUUGUUAAAACGCGCCUCCAGACGCUACAGCCUUCGGCCCAAGGAUCCAGCCGUGUGGGGAUGUUCACUGUACUCUUCAGGGUGGUUCGCACAGAGAGUCUUCUGGGCCUUUGGAAAGGGAUGUCUCCUUCCAUUGUGAGAUGUGUCCCUGGAGUUGGGAUCUACUUUGGCACACUCUACUCCCUGAAGCAGUACUUCCUGCGCGGUCACCCCCCAAGCGCCCUGGAGUCAGUCAUGCUGGGGGUGGGCUCACGCUCCGUGGCGGGGGUCUGUAUGUUGCCCAUCACUGUGAUCAAGACACGCUAUGAGAGUGGGAAGUUUGGCUAUGAGAGCAUCACCUCGGCCCUGAAGAGCAUCUACCGCCACGAGGGCCGCCGUGGACUCUUCAGUGGCCUCACCGCGACUCUGCUUCGGGAUGCCCCCUUUUCUGGAAUCUACCUCAUGUUUUACAACCAGACCAAAAACAUAGUGCGCCAAGACCAGCUGGAUGCGGUCCACAUCCCCUUUGUGAAUUUCAGCUGUGGAGUAUUUGCUGGUAUCCUGGCCUCGCUGGUCACUCAGCCUGCGGAUGUUAUCAAGACUCAUAUGCAGAUUGCCCCGGCGAAGUUCCGGUGGUUUGGCCAAGCGGUGACACUGAUUUUCAAAGACUACGGGCUGCGAGGCUUCUUUAAAGGUGGGGUGCCCCGGGCCCUCCGCAGGACUCUGAUGGCCGCGAUGAUCUGGACAGUCUAUGAAGAGAUGAUGGCUAAGAUGGGGCUCAAGUCCUGA